AUGGCAUCUCAGACCCUCAAUGCUAUACUUGUAGUUGGCCCUACGGGUGCCAUCGGUAAAGCUCUAUGCGAGGCAUUAAUCUCCCAAAAGGCUGAAUUUAAACGCAUUGCCUUCUUCAACGAUACGUCUAGGCCAGCGACAGAGGAGAAGCAGGCGCUUUUCGACGAGUUCCGCAAUGGGGGCAUGGAGCAAGUCUCUGGCCAAUACAAUGACACUACAUCAUUUGCUGGAUUUGACUGUGUCUUGAUGCCGUUAGGAAAUCAUGCCAUCAAAUAUCAACCCACUAUCAUCGAUUCAGCCAUUACGGCUGGAGUACGCCAUUUUUAUACAAGUGAAUGGGGAGCGGACCUAAGUGUUGGAUCAAAUUGGACGCAGCGCUAUUACCAAGACAAAGUCAUUACCAGAGAACACUUAGAGAAGCGCGGCCGAGAUGCGGAUACUCUAGACCUCGGUUGGACGUACAUACAACUCGGGCGUCUCACCGAAUGGAGCAUCAUCAAGCAUUUUGGAAUCGACAAUACAAACCACGUUGCCAACAUCUACGGAACACCAGAAGGACGACAGUCGUUGCUUCCGAUCAAAGAUGCCGUUGCAUACACGAUAAAAACCCUCAAGCAUCCAUUCUCAACUGCCAAUAAUGGCCAUCGACGUACCUAUCGCUUCCAUGGCUCCUCUCCCACUUGGAAUGAAAUCUUCAACGACCUGGAGACAAUCACUGGUCACAAGUAUGCAAUCACUUAUCAUGAUGUGGAAACAGCCGUGGAGAGAGAAGCUCGAGCAAAACGCCUCAACGAUGUUGACUUGGAACUGGAGGCCAGUCAUCAGUUAAUUCAGGGACGGGGCGGAACUCUCUUGCCAGAGCCCUAUGUUAACGGUCUUUUCCCUGAUAUUCAUCCAGAGUCGGUGCACUCUGUCUUUGAAAGAAUCUUUCAAGACCCAGAAUUAAAGAAGUUUAUUGGUGCCCCCUAA